AUGACAGUGGAAAAGGCCUGUGUCUGUGUCAGCCUUAACUGCCUAUUUAUUAGCACACACAAAAAUUGGGGUAAGGGACAAUUAAAAUUAUUUUGGUUAUUAUCAAACAAAAACGGAUUAUAGUCUGUAAAAAAUAGAGUACUAGUCAUUAUGAUUGCCCAUACCCCCAAAUCAAGUCACACAGAGAAGAUCCACAUUAAUAAAAAUAGGUACAAUCUGUCAUUUCAACAGCCUGAUCCUGCUACAUUGUUUGAUGAACUGAGGGAUGGGGCUGGGGAAAUGUAACCACACAUUUUGCAGCUGGAGCUAUGAAUCCAAACCUGGACAGACAGUCUGUGAGAUUGACAUUAUAUAGUUUGAAGCUAUUGGUACAAGACAAAUAAGAAAAGCAGUAGGCUAUGCAAUCUUACUACACAAUCAAUGCAACCUAAAUCCAUGCUGCAAACAGUUCCUCAAUGAAGGAACUGUUUGAAACAUGGAUUAAGGUUACUUUAGGAUUUUUGGUCAUCCUGAGACCUGACCAGAACCAGAACCAGAUUAUGACCAGAAAAUCUGAUGGAAAAGACGAUGAGGAUCUUCUCCUCAUACCCGUCUUAAGUGAGUUCGCUACCUCCAUCAUCCUCUCUUCUUAUAUAGUGUCAUGAUGUGGGGUCCAUAUGGCCAUCCUCUUGUUUUUUGGGCGUACAACACCUUCAAUUCAACAGUUUUACUUUUCUACAGAAAAAAUGAGUAUAUGCAAUGAUGUUAUGGAAUUAUCUUUUCCAAGUUUUAAAAUAUUGUCCCGUGUCUUAAGGUUUAAUAUGAAGUAUUGCAUACUAGGUCGCACAGUGUUGGUGAACCUUAUUUAGUUAGCAACCCCUACAAAAGUUUGUCAAAAAGUGGUGUGUCUGACGUCACACUCCCAUAAUGCAAGCGCUCUGCAACUCCAGCGCCGCCGAGGAAAAACCCAGGCCCCGAAAAGAAUAAAUCUUWAAAAAAUUGGAAAAAUAGUUUUACAAAACAUCUGAGAGAAAAGGACCAAUAACCGAAUCGCGAAAGUUUUAAAGGACUGUGGUCAUGCAAAAUUGCCACUCACGUUCAACCGGUCCUCUGGCUCGUGUGGCUGGAUGAGACAGGAAGAAGAAGCACACAACUUUGGGCCUUACCCAAGAAUUACCCUGUGGAGACACGCACACAUACACACAAACACACACAACAACAUAAAACUCACACAAGCUCAGGGAUGCUCACCCAUAUCUAGUCUGAGCCUUAGCAGCUGAGUGAGUGACUCUGCUCUCUUUGCCCAGGCCCUAUUGGGUUGCUAUGGCAGCUGCUGCUGCAGAACCCCCCCAUCUAAUAGAAGCUCGUACUGGAAAGGGAGACAGGCGGACAGACCCUCACCUGGAGAGAAUACGAAACACUCCACUAGCAGCAUUCAGCAGCAUUCAACACCCUACUCUCCAUUAACGGUGCAGCCAAUGGUGUCAAGUUUGAAGGUCCUCUCUUAAAAUACCCCAUGAGUGUUUUGUCCGUCUGCUCAUGCUUAUGGCCCGUCGCCCUCUGCAGAAGACCCAGCGCCGUUCCCUCUGCUAGAGCAUGUUCCAACAGAAGGAGCACCUGAAGAGCCACCUGCAGGCCCACGACGCCAACAGGCAGGUGUUCCACUGCCAGGAGUGUGGCAAACAGUACAGCACUCAGUUGGGCUACCGGCGCCACCUGCUGGCCGCCCACGCCCCUGCCUCCAGCGCCACCAUCCCUGAAGAGCUCCAUUGCCAAGAGGGGGCGCCUGCCCUGCUGGAGCAGCUAGGGAGCCACACCGACAGGCUUCCGCCCCUGGAGGUCACCGCCACCGUCAGGGAGAGGAAGUAUUCGUGCGAGCGCUGCGACCGGCGCUUCUACACUCGCAAGGAUGUGCGGCGUCACGCGGUGGUGCACACGGGCCGCCGUGACUUUCUGUGCCCGCGCUGCGCCCAGCGAUUUGGUCGCAGGGACCAUCUAACGCGCCACCUGAAGAAGAGCCACAUCCAGGAGCCCACAACCACCACCCCCACACCAGCCCCCACCACACCUGGGCCCGUAAAGGAGGAGACAAGUCCGGUGCAAUGCGACAAUGGACCCUCCUCCAAGGAGCAUGUAGAGGCCUUCCCCAUUGACAUGUACAGCAGUUACCCCCUGCAGACCAUGUCCAAUCCAGGCAUGGGCCACCAACACCACUCCCUCAUGCAGGGCUCCCUGCCCACAGCCAUGGGGGUGGGCCUCAACAUGCCAGGCCCCUCUCCCCAUCCCCACCACCACCUCCCCCAGCAGCAACAGCAGCCUUAUGGCCACAUGGCCAGGUAUCAGCAUGGAUCUACCUCAUAUCCCCGCACUGACAUGGAGAGCUUCCUAAUGGACCUGCAGAGCGGGCUGCCCCCACACCUGACCACAGCCUCCUCCUCUACCUCCUCCUCCGCCUCCCCUCAGAGGGAAGUGCUUUCAGAAACCCAGGGUGGCCCAGUGGCCGGGGACCCCCACCUUCUGUCCAGGAGCCCCGCUCUCUCCUCAGCCGAGCUGUCAUGCGCUGCUAACAUGGACCUGGGUCCUCUUCUGGGCUUCUUGCCGUUCAGCCUGCCUCCCUACAGUGCUCAUAUGAGUAUGGGAGGUCUGGUGAUGGGCUACCCGUCUACCUCCACCUCCACUGUGCCGCCCUCCUCCUCCAGCCCCCUACCCUAUCAGGCCCCAGGAGGUCUCACCUUCCUGCAGCCCCCACAACUUCACGCAUCCCAGGGCCCCGGAGCCCACAACCACAACAACAACCAGCUACCUCAGGGGUUCAGCAAUCCUGGAAUGAGCACUUCCACCUCCCUACCUCGCUACUACCAGACCUUUCAACAGUGAGCAGCCUGAUACCAUGUGACCCACGUGACCCCAGCACCAGGCCAAGGGACACUCCAAAUAUUCUUGAAUAAAGCCUCCCAUAAAGGACGAGUGUCUAGAAAGUCUUGAAUAUACGAGUGAUACAUAUAGGCAUCCAAUGUGCUUGCAUUUAUUUUUUUUAUGGAAAAAAAAUGGGAAUUGUAUUUUUUUAAUGAUGCUAAUUAAGCUUUCAGUAGCAAUAGUUUUUGUUAUGAUGAUGUUGAACACAAAGAACCACUUCAUCAGUAUUACCUCAUCCGAUAAUAAGAAACAUGAGCAGAAGGAGAAUAGAAAGUGUGUUUUAGCAACCAAAAUGUUGUUUUAUUGAAACCUGUUAGAAAUAGGCCAAAUGGUUGCACUUUGUUCAGAAAAGACCGCAUAAGGUCUAUACAAUGUGGACAUAAGUGCUACAUGACACCUGCCACUCAUCUUGUUUUCCAAUAA